UUAAAAUAUCGGGACGCUUAUAGAAAACAAUCAUCACCAACAACUUUUACAAACAACAUAAAACAAAGUAAAACAACAUGCAGAAAUCAUCUACCCACUUCUUAGAAAACCCAAUCAUCAACACCAAAAUUAACAAUAACAAAAAAGCAUAACUCAUGAUUUUAUAGUUCUACACACUAGGGAAGACCCAUUUUUCCAUCGGAAAAUGCCCACCUUCAGGAAAGGAGACUCCUUUACUCCCUGGUCAAGAGUGCGAAAGAGAAAUGGCGAGAGGGAAAGAGGGGAAAAAUCACGAGAGAGAAAGGAGAGAUGACGAAGAGGUGCCAGAGACUACAGAACGCGAGAACGGUGGUGAAUCAACGGUGGAGAUGAUGGAGGAGGUCACCGCCAGUGAGAAAGAAGGAGGAACAAUGAGAGAGACACGAAAAAUGGCCAGAGAGAAGACAAAGGGAUAAUUGGAAAUUCAUUUUGGAGAAACCGCAAAACAUUUUUUUUCUAUAGAAAUUAUCCUCCACGUCACAUUUCAAUUUUUUAAAACUUACGUGAAAUGCAUCAAUCAUACCUUCACAAUUGACUUUGUUAAAAUAUUGUCACCAUUUGUUAAAGAAGCAUUUUCGUUUUGUUGAGUAGAUCUGGAAUCCAUUCAUUAACGAAGUUGACUUUGUUUUCGUUUUGUUGAGUAGAUUUGGAAUCCAUUCAUUAACGGAGAUGACUUAGAAAUACUGUUUUCCCUACCCAUCUCAUCUCUGCCGUUUCUAUUUCAAAUUACCAUGGCCGAAUCAUUUCUCUUCAGCAUAGCGGAGUCACUCUUAACAAAACUUGCUUCUCUUGCUUUUCAAGAAGCUUUUCGAGUAGUGGGUUUAUAUGAGGAUCUUCGAGACCUUACAAACACUCUCUCUUUAGUUAAGGCUGUGCUGUUAGAUGCUCAGCAAAAGCAAGAUCACAACCAUCAACUCCGCGAAUGGCUCACUCACCUUAAAACUGUCUUCUCUGAAGCUGAAGAUGUUUUGGAUGAAUUUGAGUGCCAAACACUGCGAAACAAAGUGGUCAAAGCUCAUAGUAGCACCAAAGAUAAGGUAAGUCAUUUCUUUUCCACCUCUAAUCCACUUCUUUUUCGUUGCAAGAUGGCACAGCAAAUUAAAAAUAUCAAUAACCGACUAAACAAGGUUGCAGCAGAUAGGCAUAAGUUUAAUCUUCAAAUAAUUGAUGUUGACACACGUGUUGUUCAUCGGAGAGAUAUGACACACUCCCGUGUGAGUAAUUCAGAUGUGAUAGGUAGGAAAAAUGACAAAGAAAAGAUCAUAGAGCUUUUGAUGCAGCAGAAUCCUAAUGAUGAUGAUACAACUCUAUCUGUUAUCCCUAUUGUGGGGAUUGGAGGCUUGGGAAAGACUACACUUGCAAAGUUUGUGUUCAAUGACAACAGGAUCCAGGAGUGCUUCCCAUUGAAGAUGUGGGUGUGUGUUUCUGAUGACUUUGACAUUAAGCAAUUGAUUAUCAAAAUCAUCAAUUCUGCCAACGAUGAAGAUGUUCCUCCUCACCAACAGAAUCUGAACAUGUUGGAUCUAGAGCAACUGCAAAAGCAAUUGAAAAGAAAACUUUCCGGUCAAAAGUUCUUACUCGUAUUGGACGAUGUAUGGAACGAAGACCGUGUUCAAUGGGUUGAGUUGAGGAAUUUAAUCCAAGUAAGUGCAGCAGGAAGUAAAGUUGUAGUCACCACACGUAGUCAUUCCAUUGCUUCCAUGAUGGGCACACUUCCCUCUCACAUUUUAGAAGGUCUUUCUGAGCAGGAUUCUUUGUCUCUGCUUGUCAAGUGGGCAUUUAAAGAAGGAGAGGAGGAAAAACAUCCUCACUUGGUAAAAAUUGGCAAAGAAAUUGUGAAAAAAUGCAAAGGGGUUCCACUGGCAGUGAGAACAGUAGGUAGUUUACUAUUCUCGAAAUUUGAGGACAGUGAAUGGGAAUAUGUGAGUCGCAAUGAAAUCUGGAAUUUGCCUCAGAAAAAAGAUGAUAUUUUACCUGCCCUUAAACUGAGUUAUGAUCUCUUGCCAUCCUAUUUGAGGCAAUGUUUUGCAUUAUUUUCCCUUUACCCAAAGGAUUAUGAAUUCUUUAGUAAUGAUAUAGCUUCGAUUUGGGGAUCACUUGGACUCAUCACACUACCAAAAACGAAUUGGACACUUGAAGAUGUGGCCAAUCAAUAUUUGCAUGAACUCCUGUCAAGAUCCUUUCUCCAAGAUUUUCAAAACUUUGGCAGUUCUUACUCUUUUAGAAUACAUGAUUUGGUGCAUGAUCUCGCCCUAUUUGUUGCAGCGGAUGAGUGUCUGCACGUGAGUUUGAACAUUCAAAAUAUUCCAGAUAAUGUUCGACAUCUGUAUUUUGCUGAAAGCAGUUUGCUCGAAAAUUUAGUCACCAAAAAAUCAGCAGUUGUGAGAUCCGUACUGUUUUCAGAUGAUGCAGCAGCUGCCACUGAUGAAGCUUUACUAAAUACGUGUCUGUCAAAGUUCAAACUAUUGCGAGUUUUGGUCUUAAGUGGUUCGACAUUCGAGACUUUGCCCUGUACCAUUGCUAAGAUGAAACAUUUGAGAUAUUUGGUCAUUAACAAUAAUCUCAAGAUUAAGAGACUCUCCGACUCUAUUUGCAAGCUCCAAAGUUUGCAAGUGUUGUCAAUUAAAGGAUGCAUGGAGCUGGAAGUAUUGCCUAAAGGAUUAAGAAAACUAGUCAGUAUCCGUUGUUUGGAGUUUACCACAAAGCAAACUGUUUUGCCUGUGAAUGAGAUCGCCCAAUUGGGGUCGCUUGAAUACAUGUACAUUGAUUCAUGCCAGAAUGUAGAGUCCAUCUUUGGAGGGGUGAAAUUCCCUUCUCUUAAAAUAUUAUGCAUUGUGAGCUGUCAGAGUCUAAAGUCAAUAUCGCUAGAUGGUCAAAAUUUUCCCGAAUUAGAAACGUUGGUUCUUGCUGCCUGCCCUAAUUUGGACUUGGAACUGUGGAAGGGUGAUCCUGAAAAAGAAAGCCCCAAGAUGAAGUUAAAAUUGAUUGGAUUUAACUGUUUAUCACAGCUGGUGGCUCUGCCUAGAGGGCUUCAGGAAGCUGCCAAAUCGUUACAGUGCUUGUUUGUUUCAAAUUGUUACAAUAUUGAAACACUUCCAGAUUGGUUAACAACUCUCACUGAUCUGAAAACAGUUAGUUUAAUCAAUUGUCCAAAGUUGGUAUCUCUCCCAGAUAAUAUGCAUCACCUCUCUGCGCUUGAAAAUUUGAGGAUUGAAGAUUGUGUUAAUUUACAUAAAAAGUAUCAACCCCAUGUUGGAGAAUUUUGGUCCAAAAUAUCACAUAUCAAAAACAUUAUCAUUGUUGAACCAGAAGAGCCUGAGAAUUAGAGGAAGAACCAGACAUAAUCGGAAGCUCCUUAUUUUCUUUAUUUAUUAUUUUUUGAAUGUGUUUUUCAUAAUGUUGAUUUUUUUUUGGUGAAAAUUAGUUGGAGUAUUAGUUAAGGCAUUUCAAUUCAGAGAAACCUCCGUAAUAUAGUUGUGCAAUAGUGCUAUAUUUGUUCUUUUUAACUGUUUUGCUUUGUCGAUCAUUAAUAUUGGUAUAUGCAAGUUCAGUAUUUCAUUUA